CCCGGGAUCGAGAGCCAAAUGUACGCCCAGGAACAUUACUGGGAACGAGUUCAAACUUCUGACCAAUCACAGACCAGAUGUGCACAAGCCGCCAUUUUGGAAAAUCGAAAAUUCGACGAUUCGCAGAAAACAAGAAAAGGGAGAGAAAGUAAAUCGAAAGACGUUUCUGUCACUAUGGACAACGAUCUCAUCUGCAACUUCAAGAAGUGUCGCAAGAGGCUCACAGCGUUUGCUUGGGUGACGUCUUGUUCCCAUAUAUUCUGUGAUGAUGAUGGGACUAGGGAGUUCAACAAAUGUUACACCUGUCCAGCAUGUGAAACCAGCUUAUCGGACAAGUUUGAUACUUCCUCAAACAUAUCUCAAAUCUCACACCAGGAGCGCACGUACCAGGAGUACAUGUGCAACAAGGCAAAGGAGAGGAGUGUUCAGCUGGAGAAGUACUACGAACAGGUGCUGACCACAACACAGGCAGAGCUGAGCUGUAUCCUUCUGUCUCUGUAG